AGUGCGAGUUGAGCCCAUCCUCACAACAUCAAACAAAAAGUAGAAGAAGAAACUCAACGAAUAGCUGGUGGAUUCUAGAACUUUCUGUAAAUGCAGCAGGUGCCAUUUUUGUUUUAUCAAUGGACGGAGAUGGAUUACGAACUUGCAAGUCCUGGUGUGCUCUGUUCACUUUCAACCGAGGAACUCUUAACAAAAAUACAAGAGUGGGGCUUAGAUGUCACCGAAGCUGAAGCUCAGCGUUUCAGAGACAAUGAGGUUGAUGGUGACACAGUUGACUGCGGUCUUACUGAGACUAUGGUUGCAUACCUUUUCCAAGGAUCCUUCAAAAAGCAGGUUAAAUUCAACCAAUUUGUGUCAAGGAUGAAGGAAUCUUCAGUGACGCUGACUCUACAGACUGUCUCUCCAGAAGACUGGCAACCAUCUACUUCGUCAACUUCAAUAAGGUAUCCCACAAAUUCUGAAUAUGUGCAAGCUGUGAAGACGCUGGUAAUGAAGUAUCCUUUCCUCAAGGAUCGUGAGGGAAAUGGUUAUGGACCAUGCGUCCAAGGAGAGGAUUUAUUAUCCAUAGACGCCCACUUAAAGGUCUUACAGUGCCAAUAUCAGAAGAUGCAACCAGAUACCAUGGUGGUUCAUAACCGUAUGCAGCAAAUGUUUGCUUGGCGGCAAAAAGAAAUUGCAGAUGGUAUGCCUGUGGAGGAUGUGUUGAAGAAGUACCCCUUCUUAGGGAUGCCUACUGGUCUGUGCAACGAACUCGGGUGGAUCCAACCAACAACGGGUAAUGUAAGCCAGCGAUUUCGUGAAGGGCUCUCAUGUGUUGCAGCAAAGGUGAUUGACCUUACACGAGGAAAACCCCACUCUACCAGCUCUACCUUGAUGCAAGAGAGGAGGCUCUCACUGAUGACCUACCAGAUCUUGACACAAGGGCUGCACUUUUAUUCCUGCCAUACGUCUUCAAGGAGAAACUGGAUCUCUUUGUCAUACUUGGAGAGGUUCAUCCUAAAACCCCUAUCCAACUGUUCAGCUACUUCAUGA